AUGACCAAUUCGACAUCAAAAUUUCUCGUCAACAUGCCCACUAGAAGUGGGUCAUCUUCCCUAGGGUAUCCGCAACCCCCCAUUUCAUCUCUCAAAACCCUCGAGUCACAAGUCAACGCGAACAUCCAGAGUACAUUUUCGACGAAGAGAAAGCGAACCGCAGCCAGCGAGAUAGAAACGCCCGUAGCACCCGUGAAGGGCCCGCGAAAAGCCAAUAAUACCCAGCGCGCGCCAGCCAAAGUUGUUGGUCGAACAGACGACGCGCCUGAACCCAAGUCCAAGAAACCAAGGACCAAAAAGCCAGAGCAGGAGAAAAGACUUAGGGUGUUCCGCAAGCAUGCGCCGCAGGCGUAUUUGGAUAGAUUGGCGCGAGCGACGUCUCAGAGAAUGUUCGCUGUAAGUUCCUCAGUCAACUGGACUGACAGUUACCCCAUCAUGGAAUUUGGAAUGGCCGGGUCCACCGGCAACCUUUACACUGUGACUAUAGGGAAGGUGCCAAGUUGCAGCUGCCCGGAUAAUCAAAAGGGAAACCAGUGCAAGCAUAUCUGCUACGUCCUAAGCAAAGCCCUCAAAGCCCCCGCACACCUCCAAUACCAACUCGCAUUCUUAUCAACGGAACUCAUCGAAAUAUACAAUGGAUCCUACCUCAGCCGCGAAACCAAACCCGAAGAGAACGCUGCCGGCAAGCGCAAGCCCAUCGAAGGCGACUGUCCUGUCUGCUUUAUGGAGUUCGAACCCGACAAGGAAAAUAUCGUUUGGUGUCGAGGGUCGUGCGGGAAUAACAUCCAUAAAGUCUGUUUUGAUAAAUGGGCUGCUACGCAGCGUGCGCAUGGGGUUCGCUGUGUUUACUGUCGCGCCCCAUGGGAAUUUGAAACUGAGAACCUCAACAUGGACGAACUCAAGAAAACCGGACGAGUCAAUGACGAAGGCUAUGUCAAUGUCGCAGACCAACUGGGUCUGUCUGGUGAACGUGACUCUUCAACAUACUAUCAGCCUUGGGAUUACCGGGAAUCGUACUAUUAUGGGCGGCGCAGGUAUAGAUACUAG